CAUGGAGCACCUGGGGCAACGCCUACCCAGAGACCACAUUCCCGGGUACCAAUCACCUUCCCCAGCUUAAUUGGUCAGGCCAGAAAAGGGCCCGGGAGGGGGACUGGGAGGUGGGGAAGUCAUGUGAGCAGGGCGGUAGCCUCUUCCAGGGCCCAGGGUCUAGGUGUGACAUCAUGACCUCUGCAGGACCCCAGCUCUGUCCAAGACUCCAGCCCCCUUCCUGCUGCUCUCCUGGGGUCCAGAGCAGUCGCUAUGCCCUGCCGCCUGCACAGCAACUCAGCCCUGGGGGCAAGGCCCUGGAAGGGAGCUAUAAGCUGGGUGGCUUCCUGGAAGCAGAGGCCCCCAUCUGGCCCAGUGGUGUCCCUGACCCCCAGCUGGUGAGGAACAUCAUAGCCCAAGUGGAGUCCUACCUAUCCAAUGAGAAUCUGGCCCAGGAUGCCUUCCUCCUGAAGCACGUGCAGAAAAGCAAGCUGGGCUUCGUCAGCAUCAAGCUACUGACCUCCUUCAAGAAGGUAAAGUGUCUGACCCGUGACUGGCGCCUGACAUGCUAUGCCCUGCGUUCCUCAGCCAUGCUGGAGGUGAAUGAGGAGGGCACUAAAGUGCGUCGAAGGAUUCCUGUCCCUGACUGGCUCUUGGUUCUCUCACACACCAAAUUGCUUCUGGUGUGGGAAGAUCCAGAACCUGGGUUCCCCAGAGAGUCAACAGUCCAGCCCCCGGGGUUCCUAGCAGCUGUUAGUAACCUCUUUGGACCUUUUGGGGCCCUCACUUCCAUCCGUGUCCUGCGGCCAGGCAAGAAGCUCCCACCAGAUGUGCUGCCCUAUGCAACCCGCUAUCCUGAGCUUCUCCACUGUCCCUGUGCCCUGGUCCAGUUUGAGAGCGUGGAAGCUGCUGGCCAGGCCUUCACUACCUUACAGGAAGACCCUAGGGGCUUUCGAGUGGUGAGGCUGGCCAAGAAGGGCCAUCGUCAGAAUGGGCCUGGGGUGGAAGGAGGCAGCAUUCCCCCAGCCCCCUGUGCCAGCUCAGAGGCUCAGGAACCCCAAACAUCAUUCUCUCCUAACCUGUUGGGUCCCUUGCCCACUGUGACCCACUCCUGGUCCUGGGGUCCCAAUCCUGUUCCUCCCCUGCCCAGGCUUGAUGUGAGCCGCCUACCUCAUGGCCCUGAUGGCACAAGAGGUUUUCACCACCGAGUUAGACACAUACUACAGCCCUGAGUCCCAGGGGUAGACUAGAGCUCAGGGAAGAAGUGAAGACCAUGGGGGAGUGGGGAAGAGGGACAGCAAUGGGGAAAAGCCUGUUCAGCUGGCUCAUUUUUGUGAUCAUCUCCAAUAAAUGAUGCCUCAGGUCUCCUU